GACGCCCAGCGACGCUGCGGCAGUCACAGAGGGAGGAAGGCUUAGCCUGGGCGGCUUGCAAACGACGGAUGAGGACUUUUACAAAGCAUGUGUGGACGGGGCCACCUGGAGGAUCGUUUCCCAAGCGGUGCCGCAGAGGUUUCCUGACUUUUGCCACCUGGCACAAUCGGCAGCAAAUGCCACAGGGCACGUAGCACGGGAAGAGUCCGAGCUACAGUUGUGCCGAAAGAUCCACUCAGAGGUGGCAGGUCAAAUGAGAGCGGGCAAAUCCAAUGUCACCUACCAGGACAUCAAGGACGUUGUCCUCAGAUCAAAGCCCCGCAGUGCAGGGACGGUGCCUGCGCUUUUCGUCUUCACACUCCGGUACAGCGGGGGCCAGUCGGCACACUUACUUCAUGAGACGGAGAAGUUCGUUCGAGCUCAUGGUUUUAACAGCCGGCUGCUUGGCCCAGACACCUACGAAGCCCUCAACACAGAGCUCAAGAGCCGCGACCCGGGAGCGCAGAUCAGGCAUAUGCUCUUGCACUUCGCUUACGGCGUUGACGACCCCCGGGCCCUGAGCCCGUCGGACGUCAAGAAGGCACUUUCCACGAGCAUGGCCAACAAACGAGAGGAAGCCACCAAGCUUCUCGAGGAGUGCAAAGCACUGUGCAGCGCCCAUAGUGUUCCGGCGGCCCUGGCGCUGAAAGCGGUUGGCUUUCUCCAGGUGAACAUGGUCGGAGUCUUACUGGAUAAGAAAAAGUUCAAGAAGCACGCAAGCCUGCAGAAAGCGGCGGAGCACUGCAUCACGGAAAUCCAAGAGGGCGUACAGAUCCACUUCCCGAACCCGUUCGCCAGCACAACCUCAGCCAGCUCGUCUUUGAAGUCAUCGCCUAAG